AUGAAGGUCCCCAAGGAAGAAUCUAAAGAACAAAGUAAUGACAAUACAUUAAAUGAUGAUGAUAAUUUGAGUAAUCCUUAUGAUACAGAAUCAAAUUCUGAUUCCAUUGAUCCACCAACAAGAGAUGGAGAUUUUUCUGAAUAUAUGUGGAUGGAAAAUCAAGAAGAAUUUGACUUACAGGUUAUGAAAGAAUUAGAAGAAAAAGAAUUGAUGAAAGAAUGUCUUGAAGCUAUGUUAGAUGAUGAACAACAUAAUAGCAAACAGAAUGGUACAGCAAAUGGCGACUCUCAAACAAAUGGUUCAAGUAGCUCUACCUCAAUGAUAACCCAUAGACUUGAUCAUUUGAGCUUAAAUACAUCUUGCAAUAAUGGUGACCAGCCAAGGCAAUCUACAAGUACGUUAAAUCCAGAUGCAGCUGAAUUUGUACCAUUAGCAACCCGGUCUUUGACUAAUGCUCCUGUGGUAGUAGCAAGUCCUUCAUAA